AUGCGAUGGGCCAACUCCCCAUUCAUUGGAAAAACCUCACUGGUUAAAAAGCCUAUAAGAUUACAACAGGACGGAUAUAAUAGGAGACGAAAAAGGCUAAGAAAAUGGACUGUCUUAAUUGGUGUAUGGAAUAUACAAGGAUUACAAAAUAAAGUAGGAGAAGUGAUUAAAGAAAUGGAGGCUAGAAAUCAAGAUAUUAUUAUACUCCCAGAAACUAAGAAAAAAGGACGAGGUAUUGAACGAAUAGGAUCAUAUACACAUUUCUAUAGUGGUGUCCCAAAAAAUCAAAGAGCAAAACGGGGGAUAUCGAUAUUGAUGAAAAACAAAUUCAAAAGAAUGGUCACAAACUGGGAACCUAUUGAUGAAAAUCUGAUUAAAAUUAAUAUUGAUAUUCAUGGAUACAAAAUUACUAUUAUAGGAGUAUAUGGAAUAAGCGAAGAUGAACCAGUUUGUAAAAAGGAUGAUUUCUAUAAUAAUUUAAAUGGAAUCAUAGAGGAUAUCAGGAAAACCAGGGAGAUUAUUAUUGCAGGGUAUUUUAACAGUAGAACUGGAAGUAAAAUUGGAAAUAAAAUUAUAGGACCAUUUGGAGAAAAUGUUAUAAAUGAUAAUGGUAAUAGACUUAUUGAUAUCUGUGAACAAAAUUCAUUGAAAAUAUUAAAUGGCUUUUAUCAACAUAAAGAAAUACAUAAAUACACAUGGCAUAAAGAUACAUUGAAUCAAAAAUCAAUAAUAGACUAUAUUAUAAUUAAACAGCAAACGAGGAUAAAAAUACAUGACAUAAGAGUAUAUAGAGGGGUAACUCUUAGCGAUCAUUAUUUGGUAAAUUUCAAAUUUUUAUUCCCCUUCAGAGGAAAAAGCACUGAAGAAAAUCGAAAUUGUCCUAUAGAAAAUAUACAAACAGAAAUCAAAAUUCCUAAAUAUAAUUUGAAUAGUUUGGAGAAUGAAAGCACAAUAUUUUUAUAUCAAAAGAGAUUAGAUGAAAAACUGGUAGAAACAGAGUUUGAUAAUACAGAAGAUCAAUAUCAUUAUAUUGUAAAUAAACUACAUGAUGCCGCCAAGGAAGCUUUAGGAGAAACAGAAGAAACACGUACAAACCAUCCAUUAUACUACUGGAAUGAAGAAAUUAAAAAGGAAGUGAAAUUAAAGAAAGAAAAAUAUUUAAAAUGGUUAAAUAUCAGAAAUCUUCAAGAUAAAAUAGAGCUUAAUGCACAACAAGCAAAAAUCCGGAAAAAGGUUGCAGAAGCAAAAAACAAAGUUUGGGAACAGUCAUGUCAAAAAAUUGAAUCCUAUAUUGGUGGUAAAAGAAACACAGAAGCAUGGAAAACUAUAAAAAAUUUAAGAAGGAAUUCCAAAGAAACAACACAUAUCAAAUAUAUUACUCAUGACUCUUGGGAAAAAUAUUUUAAAAGUUUAUUAACAGAAAACAGGGAAGAAUACUUGGGAAACCCUGAAUAUAAUGAAAUGAUAGAUCUACAAGCAGAGAAUUACAUCCGUUUGGAAAUAGAGACAGUAAAAACUGCAAUAAAAUCUUUAAAGAAUGGAAGGGCUACAGACAUUGGAGGUAUUCCUGCAGAAUUAUUAAAAUUAGGAACAAAGAAAUUAAUGGAAUUGUUAAGAAACCUUUUUGAAAGAUGUUUAAAUGGGGAAGAUGUCCCAAAUGAUUUGAAAGUAGGAUAUAUUUCAAAUGUUCUCACAUUUGUAAAUGCAGCUGAACAACUUCACAAGGAUUUCAGUAAGUCUGACCUGUACUUGAGAAUCUGUGAAUUUACUUCAUCUAAUCAAACAACUCUACCAUGUUUUAGCUGGUUUGAGGCCUUCUUUAGUUCCUUUCCCAGAAUUUUUAAAUACUUUAGUUCCUUGUCAGCAAGACUGUAUACUGUUCAAUUGAAAGUAAAGAUGCCCGUAAGUAACAUAAUUACUCCACACAUUCACUUGGUCCUUUUUCUUUAUCCAAAUCAAGCUUGCUGUCCUUGCAGUCAGUAUGCUGAGUCAGGAUUCCGAGACAGGCAGUUCCAAAGCAGCUGUUUGACUGAAAUUGCUUUUAUGUCAAAGUCCACAUCAUGA